CCUACGAAAGCAAAUGCAUAGCACAACAACAACCUUCAAACUCAAGCUUUUCGAUUCUUGGUGCAUAUAGCAAUGGAAUUCCCCACUUCCACUCUUAAACCAUUUUUCUUAAUUUUGUUACUACUCACAUCAAGCCAUGCAGGAGCAGGAGCAGGAGCACCACCCCCCUCAUCAAACCUAUUCCGAGAAUACAUCGGAGCGGAAUUCAACAACGUUAAAUUCUCCGAUGUCCCAAUCAACCCAAGUGUGGAAUUCCACUUCAUUCUCUCCUUCGCCAUCGACUACGACACCUCAUCAUCGCCCUCACCCACCAACGGAAAAUUCAACGUCUUUUGGGACACCACCAACCUUAGCCCCACCCAAGUUUCCUCCAUCAAAGCCAAAAACCCAAAUGUCAAAGUUGCCCUUAGUCUCGGGGGUGACAGCGUGGCAAACGGGUAUGCUUUCUUCGACCCCUCUUCAACCGACACGUGGCUUUCCAACGCCGUUUCUUCCCUCACAACCAUAAUCAAAGACUACAACUUGGACGGAAUCGACAUUGACUACGAGCACUUCAAGUCAGACCCUGACACGUUUUCUGAGUGCAUUGGGAGGCUCAUCAAGACGCUCAAAUCAAACGGGGUUAUUUCUUUUGCUUCCAUUGCUCCCUUCGAUGAUGACCAAGUUCAGAGCCACUACUUGGCCUUGUGGAAGAGUUACGGGGACAUCAUAGAUUAUGUUAACUUUCAGUUUUAUGCCUACGACAAGGGCACCAGCGUCGACCAGUUCAUCGGUUACUUCAACCAACAAAGUUCGAAUUAUAAAGGUGGGAAGGUGUUGGUGAGUUUCAUCAGUGAUGGGAGUGGUGGCUUGUCUCCAAAUGCUGGCUUCUUCACUGCGUGUCAUACGUUGAAGACUCACCAAAAACUUCAUGGGAUAUUUGUUUGGUCCGCGGAUGAUUCCAUGGGAAAUGGUUUUCGCUAUGAGAAGCAAUCACAAGCUCUUUUAGCUUUACCCUAGUAUGCUUCAUUAAAUUAAAAUGUUAUAUAUGUAUGUAUCCCUGUACUCAUAUAGACUUUAUAUCAUGGAUAUACACAUGUAUGUAUGAUUAUUAUGAUAUAUGUAUCUUCUACCUUUUAUUUAUAUUAAAGUAAA